UCACAUAAAUUCUUUCCUGUAAAAUUAAAGGUGAAUUCCUCUGUCUUUUUUACAACUGAUCAAGUUAGUUUGCCUGGUAUUUUCCUGUUGGAUGGAGAUAGUGGAUUCGGAUGAUAAAUCACAGAGGAUCAGCUAGUGCAGCACAAAAACUGGCCAUUUGCCAUUUUGCUGUUCAUGGUGGAGAAUUCUCGAAAUCGAUGAGCAGUGAAUAAGCACCAUCUCCCUUUUUCUUUAUUCUUUCCUUCCUUUCUUUAAUGGUCAAAACCCUUUGAUUAUACCAUCUUCAAGAAUCUAUCCUUCAGUCAAACCGUUGUUAAUCAUCAAGAACCACACUCGCCAUUGAAUUUGAUAUGAUCGAGACACACACGAAAGGCACUCACCCAGAGGGAAAAAAGAAGGCUCGGCUUCUGUUGUUUUGUUAUCUCUCUGCAGAUUUGUGGUCAGUGUCCCUUGCUUCAGAUCUCCCUCAUUCCCAAAGUUUCCACUCUUUUACGCGUAGAACUCACUCCAUAAAGCUGGUCACCCAAGAACACCGUUUGCUCUGCCUCCCGUGAAUGGUCCUUUUCGUUCAGUAUAAGCUGGUGCAGAGGUUUCCAUGAAAGCUUCAGGGUGUUGCUCGGGUUGGUCGGCGAGACCAUCAUCAAUGAAGCGCUGGUGGGAUCUGAUGAUCUUGUUUUUGGUUGCAUGGCUCGUUUCAGCGGUCGCUGUCGUUGAGGACGAUGUCAAGUGCUUGCAGGGUCUCAAGGCCUCGCUCGGCGACCCACAAGGGAAGCUGAGUUCUUGGAGAUUCGCCAGCUCAUCGGUCGGGUUCAUAUGCAAGUUCGUGGGCGUUUCUUGCUGGAACGACCGUGAGAAUCGCAUACUCAACCUCGAGCUCCGAGGCAUGGACUUGACGGGGCAGAUUCCGGAGUCAUUGCAGUAUUGCCGGAGCUUGCAGACCAUGGAUCUCUCCAACAAUGGCCUCUCUGGUACAAUCCCUCCUCAAAUAUGCUCAUGGCUUCCUUACUUGGUGACUCUUGAUCUGUCGAGCAAUGGCCUUUCGGGCUCUAUACCACCCGGGCUAGUGAACUGCACUUACUUGAACAAUCUUGUGCUCUCGAGUAAUCGCCUGACCGGGACUAUACCGUAUGAGUUUUUGACUCUAGGUAGGCUCAAGAAGUUCUCGGUCGCCAACAAUGAUCUGAGAGGGACUGUCCCUUCGUUCUUUGAUGGGUUUGGUAAGGCAAGUUUUACAGGUAACGAUCUCUGUGGAGGGCCUUUAAGGAAGUGUGGUGGGUUAAGCAAGAAGAACCUGGCGAUCAUCAUUGCUGCUGGGGUUUUUGGUGCCGCUGCAUCUCUGUUGCUGGGUCUUGGCCUGUGGUGGUGGUAUCAUCUGAGGGUUGCGAGGAGGAGGAAGAGAAUGUAUGGGAUUGGGAGGGAUGAUGAUAGUGUUUGGGCUGAGAGGCUUAGGGCUCAUAAGCUUGUCCAGGUUUCUCUGUUCCAAAAGCCGAUCGUGAAGGUCAAAUUGGCCGAUCUAAUGGCCGGCACGAAUAAUUUCAGCACGGAGAAUAUAAUUAUUUCCACUAGGACUGGAUGCACUUAUAAGGCUGUCCUCCCGGAUGGAUCUGCGCUGGCGAUCAAGCGGCUCAAUACCUGUAAGCUCGGGGAAAAGCAGUUCAGGUUGGAGAUGAAUCAGUUGGGACAACUGAGGCACCCGAAUUUGACGCCCCUGUUGGGGUUUUGUAUAGUGGAGGAAGAGAAGCUGUUGGUUUACAAGCACAUGUCAAACGGCACUCUUUACUCUUUGCUGCAUGGAAGCAGCGUUUUAUUGGAUUGGCCAACUAGGUUCCGGGUCGGUUUAGGCAUCGCUAGAGGCCUCACUUGGCUUCAUCACGGGUGUCAUCCACCCUUCUUGCAUCAGAACUUGUGCUCCAACGUGAUCCUUAUCGACGAAGACUUUGAGGCUCGAAUAGUUGAUUGCGGCUUAGCGAGGCUCAUGACUACCUCGGAGUCCAACGGGAGCAGUUUUGUGAAUGGCGAUUUAGGGGAGUUCGGUUACGUUGCUCCAGAAUACUCGAGCACCAUGGUUGCUUCGAUGAAGGGUGAUGUUUAUGCAUUUGGUGUGGUGCUUUUGGAGUUGGUAAUGGGGCAAAAGCCUCUCGAGGUGAACAACCCAGAUGAAGAAUUCAAGGGUAAUCUAGUGGAUUGGGUGAAUGUGCUCUCUAGCACCGACAGAAUUAAGGAUGCCGUCGACAAAUCUCUCUGGGAACACGGCUAUGAUGGCGAAAUUCUGCAGUUCUUUAAAAUCGCUUGCAGUUGCAUAAAUUCUCGACCCAAGGACCGAUGGUCCAUGUACCAGGCUUACCAGUCAUUGAAGAGCAUGGCCGAAGCGCAGGGUAUGACGGAGCAAUAUGACGAGUUUCCUCUCAUUUUCUUGAAGCAGGAUCAUGAAUCAAUGUAGCUGAAGAGGGAAGAGUCAAAGCCUGAAAAUUUUCAGGCUCCAGUUAACAUUGAUAUUCCCUAGUAUUUGGUAAAAAUUCAAAAACCAUCCUCUUGUAAAGUGGCGUAAUCUGUAUCUUCAGCAGCAUAUGUAAUUUUUCUAAACGAUGAAAUAAACUAUUUAGCUCUCGGUUCUUGCA